AUGAAGCUCGACGUUAAGCGCCAGCUUUACACCCGCAGCGACCGAGUCAAGGGCAUCGAUUUUCACCCCCACGAGCCUUGGGUGCUCACGACCCUGUACAAUGGCAACGUCAACAUCACCUCCUACGACACUCAACAGGUCGUCAAGACCUUUGAGAUGACCGAUGUUCCCGUCCGUGCCGGUAGAUUUAUCGCUCGCAAGAACUGGAUCGUUUGCGGUUCCGAUGACUUUCAGCUUCGUGUCUACAACUACAACACGUCUGAGAAGAUUACCUCCUUCGAAGCCCACCCAGACUAUAUCAGAGCCAUUGUUGUCCACCCGACGCAGCCAUUUGUACUGACUGCCUCUGAUGAUAUGACUAUUAAGCUGUGGGACUGGGAAAAGGGCUGGAAGUGCGUGCGCGUCUUUGAGGGCCACAGCCACUACAUUCUGUCGCUGGCCAUCAACCCGAAGGACACCAACACCUUUGCCUCUGCCUGUCUAGACAGAACUGUUAAGAUUUGGAAUCUCGGCUCGCCACACGCUAACUUCACCCUCGAAGCGCAUGAGACUAAGGGUGUCAAUCACGUCGACUACUAUCCCCAUUCCGACAAGCCUUACCUUCUCACAACCUCCGAUGAUCGAACAAUCAAGAUAUGGGAUUACACAACUAAGUCGCUGAUUGCGACACUCGAGGGCCAUACGCACAAUGUAUCCUUUGCAGUCUAUCACCCCGAGCUGCCAGUGAUUGUCUCUGGUUCAGAGGACGGCACACUGCGAGUUUGGCACGCCAAUACCUAUCGUUUUGAGACGUCUCUCAACUAUAGCAUGGAGCGUGCUUGGUGUGUCUCUUCCCAAAAAGGACAGCAAUGCAUUGCAGCUGGUUACGACGAUGGUGUCGUGGUUGUUAAGCUUGGUCGUGAAGAGCCUGCCGUGUCCAUGGACCCUUCAGGCAAGCUUAUCUGGGCCAAGCACAACGAGGUUGUUUCCUCAAUCAUUAAAGGAGGCAACGAUCCCAUUUCGCUCCCGACCAAGGACCUCGGAACCUGCGAAGUUUACCCUCAGACUCUGAUCCACUCGCCCAACGGACGUUUUGUUGCCGUCUGUGGCGAUGGCGAAUAUAUCAUCUAUACCGCCUUGGCGUGGCGUAACAAAGCGUUCGGUUCCGCUCUUGACUUUGUCUGGGCUUCCAAGGAGAAUAGCAAUGACUUCGCCAUUCGCGAGACGCCGACGACAGUCAAGAUCUAUAAAAACUUUGCCGAAAAGUCUGGUGGCCUUGAUGUUGGAUUUCAGGCGGAUGGCUUGACGGGUGGUGUUCUUCUCGGUGUGACUGGACAGGGCGGCGUUUCAUUCUUUGACUGGGCCACCGGCGGCCUUGUUCGCAGAAUCGAGGUUGAACCGAAGCACGUUUACUGGUCCGAGAGUGGCGAACUUGUCGCUAUUGCUUGCGAGGACACCUUUUACGUGCUACGAUUCUCCAGAGAGAGUUAUGUUGAGGCUGUCCAGGCUGGCCAGGUCGAGGAUGACGGUGUGGAGGCCGCUUUUGAGGUCGUCACCGACAUCAGUGAGACGGUACGCACCGGUGAAUGGGUUGGCGACUGCUUUAUCUACACGAAUAGCACCAACCGUCUUAACUACCUAGUCGGUGACCAGACCUACACGGUGUCACACUUUGACAAGGCUAUGUACGUCUUGGGCUAUAUCCAAAGAGACUCGAGAAUCUACCUUGCCGACAAAGAUGUCAACGUUACGUCAUUCUCUCUGUCGCUGCCCGUUCUUGAGUACCAGACUCUUGUUCUGCGUGAAGAUAUGGAGACUGCGGCUGAACUGCUGCCCACCAUUCCCAACGACCAGCUUAACAAGAUUGCCCGAUUUCUUGAGGGGCAGGGUCACAAGGAGCUCGCUCUCGAGGUCGCAACCGACCCCGAACACAAAUUUGAUCUUGCCCUUGGCCUAAACCAACUCGAUAUUGCCCUGGAGCUUGCCCGCGCCGCCGAUGUUGAGCACAAGUGGAAGACUGUAGGAGAUGCAGCUCUUGCCGCGUGGGAUGUUGCGCUGGCUGCUGAGUGUUUCACACAGGCCAAGGACAUUGGGUCACUCCUCCUCCUCCAUUCUUCCACUGGUGAUCGUGACGGCUUGACCAAGCUAGCUGCGCAAGCUGAGGAAAGGGCCGCCAAUAACGUGGCCUUUUCAUGUUACUGGCUGCUUGGAGAUGUGCAAAAGUGCCAGAACAUUCUAGCGAAGACGGAGCGAUAUGCCGAGUCGGUACUCUUUACACAGACGUACAAACCAAGCCUGACUGCGGGUGCUGUCACGUCGUGGAAGGAAAGCUUAGAAAAAUCGAAGAAGGCUCGAGUAGCUAAGCUAAUUGGUCUUCCUGGCGAGGAUGAUGAUCUCUUUCCUGAAUGGGAUGCCUGGCUGAAGCUCGAGACGGAGGGUGGCUCGGUUAUCGACACUGCACCUGUUGCAGUGAAUGGCCACGAGGAGGUGGAAGAGGUCGAGGCUCAGGCUGACGAAGAUGAUGAGUAG